AAUAGGCAAAUACUAAAUCUCUUUUUGUCAAACUUAUACUCUCUUUUUUCUCCUCCGAAGUUUAAACAUACCCUCCAACUGUUUGAUAAAAUCUCUCAUCCAAUUGUGUUAAAUCACAUUUAUAUAAUAUAAAGCUAGUUUCCUCAUACCACUUUGACAAACUACCCUUCAAAUUCCAAUUCACUUCCUGCAAGCAAUUGAAAAGAGAAAAGAAGGACCAAAACUAGAAAUGGACCAUGCCAAGAUUGCUUAUGAUUUGGUCAUGGUGGCUCUAUCCAUAUCUCUCAUAGUUCUUGGUGUUGUUCUGUUUCUUGCAUGCAAGAAAAAGCCGGUUGAAUCCGAGGAAACACUUCCGGUAAAAUUUUGUGCUCGUGCAUACCCUUUAAUGGAACUUGAUGCUGCCACUGAUGGCUUCAACCAUAGGAGAAUUGUUGGCCAGGGUCGCCUAGGAACGGUUUAUGCCGCAACGCUGUCGAAUGCAGAGCUUGUAGCUGUGAAGAGGAUCCACCCUUUUCUUGUUUUGAGCAAUGCAGGCUUUGGAUUCUCAUCUGUGUUGAAGUGGCUCUCAUUGGCACAACACCCCAACGUUGUUCCAAUCAUAGGAUUCUCCGAAGCGCCAGGGGAAAGAGUUGUAGUCAUGGAGUUUAUCCGAAUGGCAAGCUUGGAAUUCUAUUUACAACAAAACCAAGAUGGUGUUUCACUCCUGGAUUGGAGCAAGAGGUUUAGAAUUGCAGCAGGUGUAGCUAGAGGGCUUCAAUACCUGCAUGAAGUGGUAGCACCAAACAUAGUACAUGGUUGUGUUAAGUCCUCUAAUGUUCUUAUUGAUGUGAAUUUCUGUGCCAGGGUAUGUGAUUAUGGACUUAACUUCUUGGCACCAAUGGAGAAGAGAGGGGUAGUGGGGUAUGUGGAUGGUGAGUAUUGGAAUGAGAGAGGGGGUGGUGCUACUAAAGAGAGUGAUGUUUAUGGUUUAGGUGUGGUGCUUUUGGAGCUUCUAAGUGGAAGAGGGUGUGAGGGAGGGUCAUUGGCAAAUUGGGCAUUGCCUUUGAUUAAGGAAAUGAGUUUUGGUCAAGUUUUAGAUCCCAGGCUUGUGACUCCUUCUGAUAUGAGUCCUUUGGUUAGAUUGGCCAAAGUUGCUUCAGCUUGUGUUGGUAAUCCAAGAAAGUGUAGGCCUAGUGUUGCUCAAGUUGCUACCAUUUUGAACGAUUUAGAAAUACAAGUGUCUUUUCCAUAGAAAAUUAUUUGUAUCACUCAUUUUUCUUUGUAUUUUAUAGUAAUAAAAUGGCGUUAAUUGUGUAUAAAAUGAUGGUAAUAAAAGAAAAAGAUGUUAUAUAAAG